AUUGACAUGAAAUGCAGGGAAAUACAAAUAAAGUAUCUUCUCAGUUUUUGCGCUUUAUUUACGUGUAUAGUCAUGUGAUGUUGAUCAGAGUUAUCGCUAAAUAGUCAGACUCGGUUCGUAAGAAAUUUAAACGUCAACACCUACCUGAUUUGGUCAACUCGGAUGAUGAUGAUGAUCAUGAUAUUUGGUCAGUUUGUCGAGAAUGAUGUGAAGCCUGAAGGUGUUCUACAAAUAGCAUGUUAAUUAUUUGCUCUCCAAGAUUCAAUUAACUUAACUAAGAAAAUAUUGUGAAAGAUGGCUGGUCGAGUGGCAGUUGAAAGAACUCAUAUUUGUGAUGUUGUCGGAUGUAAAGAUGCAUGGCAAAUCUUAAGAAACAGAUCAUGCCUGAGUCGAGGGACUGCUGUUAAUUUGUGUGGGGUGCUGCAGACUAGGAGUGAGAUGAUUGAUAUAAAGGGGACGAAACUCUUCCUAAUCAAGUUAGAGUGUGGAAUAAACAUCAUUGUGAAGAAAAGCACCUGUUUACGAUGGCAUGAUGAAAUCCAGAUUGGCCAUGAGCAUGUCUACACCAAACUCAUUCCAACUUCAUUGCAAAAGGGGGGCAAUCAUCAACAUGAACUAUAUGCAGUUGAUGAAGGCAGCAAAAUGUAUAUAAGACACGAUGUGGACUUUGCAAUCAUAUCUGCUGAAGAAUGGCUUCAAAAGCACUCCAAACCAUCCUUCAGGAACACUGAGUUCAAGAAUAUACCUGCUCCCAUUGAGAAUUUAGAUCUGUUUUCUUAUAAGGGCACAGUAACACAAGUUCUUGACGUAUCAUUCCGAAUAUAUGAGUUAGACAAUGCAGUGAGGUUAUUCAUGAGUCAGUGCCCCCCUGCUGCUCCCAGACCUCGGGUUGGAGAUGAACUUCUUAUUCACAAUGCACAUCACCAACUCAACACAAAGCAUGCAAAGCUCCUAUUACACUGUUGUGCGCUGAGCUCCAUACAGAUAUCAAGUAAACGUGAAAGACUGGAGGACUCCACAGAUGUGCCAUCCAUCACUCUACAGAAGACACUGUAUGCCAGUCUGCUGUCACAGAGUCAGGUGGAGAAUUUGUGUGAAAUCAAACUGAUGCUCAACCAGCAGUUUCCUCAGCCAAGAUUGUCAGACCGGAUGUUUUUGCACUUGAUGAAGACUGAACCCAGUAUUGGGUCCAUGUUUAUCAGCAACUCCCGGAAUGUUCUGGAUGAGUUCCUGACGUGCCUGCAUCACUGCCCACUGACAAGGAGAGAAACCUUGGUGUGCUUGCUGUUUGAAGGGCCACUACUCCGUCAUUACGGUGUCAUAUAUCCUGGCAUGUUCCUAAACUUUGUUGCAGCGAAGUCAGCUCCCUUGUUUGCCAUGAACAUUUCCAAUGUGAAUAUACAGAAGAUGGCAGUUAAAAGCAAAACAAGGAUACUUCUGUCUGUGAAUUCAGCAGCAGAUGUAUGUGAAACAUGGCAGGGGACUUGGUCCCCAUGGGAUACACUGUCUUCCUUAACUGCUGUCUUGCAACAAGGAUUUCAGAUUGGAAUAGUGAGCUUUGAAGGGCUGGUAGUGCGAAGGAUGACCACUUCACCAGAUAGGGAAUCCUCACACAAGGACACUUGGUCAUCAGCAGGUGUUCCACAGCAAUGUGCACGACUUCUAGUGGAGGACAUUCUUCAUGAAAACAAAAAAAUCUGGUUGUAUGUGAAUGAAAGAGAUGCCAGAUGCCCCGCAGGUCUGAUCCCGGGCAGUCGGGCUGCAUUCUACAAUGUGGAGAGGAAGGUUGCAAAGAAUGGAAAUGUCUACUGCAGAUAUGUACAGUUUUCAAGUGUACGAAUACUCUGCUUUCAAAGUGAUAGAUUAGCGUUUUCCUCAAGGGACAAUGUCAAGAAUGAUAUUCCAGCCCAGGCCUCUGCUCUGCCUCUGGUAUUUCUGUCCGAUAUAUGGACACAGUCUUGCACAAGUCAGGUGUACAGGUGUGCAUGUGACGUCAUCCGUGUCCCCAAGGUGUCCUUGAAAUGUACCUGCGGCACUUGCACCAGUCUGAUAGUGGGAGGGCAAUGUACCAGCCCGGGAUGCAUCACAGGAGAGACAUGGGACUACUCUGCAAGAGCAAGCAUUGUUGUGGACGAUGGCAGCUGUGUUGCCAUGGUAACCCUGACAGGACCCGAUGUACAGAGCUUACUUCAGCUGACUGAUGAACAAUGGAACGCUCUGAGGCAGGAAGUGUCAAUGGUCGGAGAAGUGUUUGUGCAAGGCGUAUGCCCUGUUCUUGAGACACCAGUACAUCAGUUUGUGCACAUGUUGUCAGAGAGCAGAAGUGUGAAGCGGACCUGGGACUUGCUUUUAGCCCAAAGUGUUACCAGAAUUGACAUCAACACCAUAGAGCCUGAGGAUUUCGUUUGGAAGGAAUUCGACACCGGCUCUGGGCGAGUCAACACUCAGUGCCUCCCCUUUCUACAACUGAAAUGCCUAAAGCUGAGCACGUUCUGCCCAGAAAGUAUCAUCCAACAUCAGAUGUGAACGUAGGCGUGUAGGUUAAGUGUGGUCCCAGAUAAGCGUCAGCCACCUGCACAGGCUAAUCAGAGAUAAUACUUUCCGCCUAUGCUGGAUUUGCGUUUAGAAGAGACCUCCUUAAGACAAGAAACUCCAUAAAAUUGAAAAGUGUCAUCCUUGAUUAGCCUGUGUGGACUGCACAGCUUAAUAUGGGAUGACAAUUUAUGCGCAUACAUUUUUUCAAGUGUUCUUAGAACGCCACUCGUAUUUUUCCAUAAUCUGUUCAACUUUUUGAUUUGU